AUGAAGUUGCUUCUUCUCUGCUGGAAGUCAGCGGUCUUCUUCCGGAGGCGCUGGAUAAGUUCGAUAUUCACUGUCUUAUUCCCGGCGCUAACGACCAUAUUUCUUCUCGUCAUUCGUUCCAAGACGCCCCGCAUCGAAGUCCCAUUUGAUACUACUUGGCCGAACUUCUCAAUAAAUCAUCUUCCAACUGUGCCUUCUUCCCAUUGGAUUAUUGCGUAUUCACCGGACUGUGUUCUUUCAAGUAACAUUAUUAAUCAGGCAGCUACGUAUCUGAGUGCUACCCCAUUCAGUCUCCCUAGUGAAAAAGAGUUAGUGACUUACUUACAGAACUGCACCUAUGGCUGUGCAGGUGUUGUUUUUCACAACUGUUCUGACUACACAAACAUUGCUUACUCUAUUCGCGUGCACUCACGGGUGAGCUGGGACACCUCGCUACUUUUCCGUCGUUUUCCAACUCCCGGUCCGCGUUCAAAUGGCAGCAAAUUCGCCGAACCUCCCCAUUACAUUAAAUCAGGAUUUCUUGCCCUUCAAAAGGCAGUUGAUAGUGCCAUUAUCGAUCAGACUGGAAAGUGGUUAAAUGUGUCACUGCCAUAUCAAGUGGAGUAUGCAUUUAAAAGGUUGCCGUAUCCUGCACAUUUAGAAGAUAUGUUUUCUGUUGUAAUUAGCCAACAGUUAUCGAUACUUAUUGUGGUCGGUUACCUCUUCCCCGUUGCCAGUCUCAUCAAACGUAUCUUGGCGGAAAAAAAUACAAGAAUGAAGGAGUCUGUACGGAUGAUGGGAGUUAGUUCAAUGACUUACUGGAGUUCCUGGUUUGUGCCCUAUGGUCUCCUCUUUACCCUGUCUGCAGCCUGUUUGACGGGAGUGCUGUGCGCCGACUUUGGGGUCGGAGGAAAGAUGCUGGCUCGGUCGUCGCCCAGCUUUAUCUUCUGCUCCAUGGCACUCUACUCCUUUGCGCUUAUUUCGUUUACGUUUGCUCUGUCGACUCUCUUUUCCUCGACAAACGGAGGAACAGCAAUAACAUGUGCAAUAUUGGUGCUUACUUUCACUCCAUAUCAGCUGAUGUCGCUUCACUUUGAAAACUACCAUCUCAUAUCAAAACUGGCCUUUUCUGUUAUGCCAAACAUAGCUAUUGGAUUUCUCUGUUUGUUGAUUGGACGUUUUGAGGGUGUCGGCUCAGGUGCACAGUGGCACCUGUUCGCUCACCAGGCCUCGUCCGACGACGCCCUGCGUUUUGACUUGCUGUGGAGUGUUCUCUUCGCCGACACCCUUCUCUACCUCCUCCUUGCCUGGUACAUCGACAACGUCUGGCCUGGCAAGUACGGUGUGCCCAAACCCUGGUACUUCCCCAUCACCGGCCUUCUGCAUUAUCGCACGGCUUUCUUCGGCCACACUCAAAGGGUCGGUGGCAGCGGUUUUGUGGGUCCGUUGCGCGUCCAGGACUCGGGCCUACCCGUCUGUGAGGGUGCUGACGGCGCCGCCGGCAGGAGCUCAGACGCCCCCGGUCUGGUCGGUCUGAAGCAGCCCGUGUUCGAGCCGCCACCCGUUGGUCUGUGCGCCGGUAUUACGACCCACAACCUCUACAAGGCAUGCGCUGGAUUUCAACUAAACACCGCCAACAGAAUUACACCAGCAGUGGACGAUGUAACAAUGAGUGCUUACGAAGGACAGAUCACCGUUCUCAUUGGUAGAAAUGGUGCCGGAAAAACUACUCUCAUGUCUAUGCUUACAGGUCUAAUUAGGCCGUCCAGUGGAACUGCGUUCGUUAAUGGACACUCCAUUUCGUCAGACAUUCAAGCAGUUCGCAAAAGCCUCGGCUUCUGUCCACAACACGAUCUUCUCUUUGACCACCUGACGGUAUUUGAGCACCUCUGGUUCUUUGCAAAGCUGAAGGGUUGCGGAGGCAAGGAAUCAGUCGCCCAGGUGAAUUCAAUUCUCUCUCAGGUCCGAUUGAAGCAAAAAGCCGGCGCCCUCGCGCACACCCUCUCCGGUGGCGCUAAACGUCGCCUUUCUGUUGGCAUGGCGCUCAUCGGCAACUCGAGGGUGGUAAUUCUUGACGAGCCAACCGCGGGACUGGAUCCUUCAGCACGUCGGCAGAUUUGGGAUAUUCUCGUUAGUGAGAAGGCCAACCGAACUGUGCUUGUGAGCACGCACUACAUGGAUGAAGCUGAGUACCUCGGCGACAGGAUUGCCAUCAUGUCAGACGGCAAACUCUGCUGUCUUGGCUCACCCUUCUUCCUCAAGUCGGUCGUUGUCCAUCCUGCAGGCACUGGAUAUACGCUGACCCUAACGCUGACAUCUGAGGCGCGUCCGGACGAGAUUGUGGCGACCGUCAAGCAGUACGUGCUGGCAACCAAGCAGCAGUCCUGCGACGGCGCAGAGCUCAAACUCCUCCUACCUGUAGACGCAGUGCACACGUUCGGUGGGCUUUUUGCGCUGCUCGAAUCUCAAGGCUCGAUGCUGGGAAUCUCCUCGUUUGGGGUCUCUGUCACGACUAUGGAAGAAGUGUUCUUCAAAGUUGCUGCACAAAUAAAGGUGUCGGAUGAGUCAACGGAUUGGAACCCGCCCACCGAAGUCACGGUGUACAAGGACAUCUACGACUACGAGUUGUACGUCCAGCCACCUCUGCUUCUGUCGUUGAGGUCGUUCUUCACGUGGGACAGGUUGGUGGUGCCUGCGGUUAGUGAACAAGACCCACCCUCCCUACUGACCGCCUACUCCGAACAGUUCGAUCCUCGUAGUGUCUCUGUAGAGGUCAUCAAGAAUGCCUCGGCUUUAGAGUCAGAAAUGCUGCGUGUGGCGACGGAGAACAUCCACGCCUACGUGACAAACUACAUUACGGCGUUGAUUGUGAAUGCGACAUCUGUAUCCACGAAAUCAGUGGAAGCUCUGGUCUAUUUCAUGGGGGAGUCGUUGCACGCCCUUCCAGCAGCUCUGAAUACCCUUUCCAACGGCAUCCUUCGCCUCUACCCUCAGUCCAACAUCACCAUCGAGACGUAUAACCACCCUCUGCCGACGUCAUCCAUGGAGGUUUUGGGCGAGCUGAUGUCGGAGAGGACCUGGAUUAACGUGAUCGUUUCCGGGGUGACGGUGGGAAUCGACACCCUGAUGGGUGUUGCCUUUCUCGCCGCUAGUCUCGUACUCUGUCUCAUUCAUGAGCGAUCAUCCAACGCCAAGCACCUACAAUUCAUCUCGGGAGUCAGACUGUCCACGUACUGGCUGACAAUGUAUAUCUGGGACGCGUUGACCUUCGCCGCUUCCAGUCUGUUAGUCAUCAUUGUGUUUGCCUUCUUUAAUCUGGAGCCCUUUCACCGAGGUGACCGCCUUUGCUUUGUGUGUCUCCUGUUUGCGAGCUACGGUUGGUCCAUCAUCCCCCUCAUGUACCUCCUCUCGGCCUUCUUCACGUCCGCCGCUUCCGGUCUUGUUUGGCUGUGCGCCCUCAACGCCCUUUCAGGUGUUAUUGGAACGAUAAUUGUGCAAGCUCUCAGUUUACCUUCGAUUGGUCAGCAGUGGCUCGGCCUGCGCCUGAGGUACCUCUUGAUCGCUCUCUCACCCAACUUUGCUUUCUCCGAUGGCCUCUACUCGAUCAACGCCAACUUUGAGUACAACCGUCUGUGCACAGUGCCUGGAAUUGAGCUCAUCUGUGCUGACGCGAAGCUUGGCAAAAUGCCAUGUUGCUUGGAAACUUGUGAUCCCUACUGCGCCCACUGGAGCACAAACUACCUCUCUAUGGACACAGCAGGCAUAGGAUUUCACCUCGUAUCAAUGGGAUUUCAGGGUGCUCUCUUCCUACUCCUUGUUGUCUUCUGUGACACCACGCUUGCGCAUCGAUUGUGGCGCUGGAUAGAAUCGGGAUUUCGGAUCACGUGUUGCUAUUGUCCCAAUCGGUCAACCACGCCCCACCUCGUAUUGCCCCAAGAUCGACUCUACGAUGAGGAUGUUGUAAGGCACCACAACGAGGUGCAUUCCUUCUCGAUGGAGCAGCUUAAAAAGGAAACACGCCUAGCACUUCUAAACGUAAGUAAGGUGUAUGAAAAUGGGUUUGGAGCGAAUCGACGUAGUCGAUCAGUUCUUGCGGUGGAUGACUUCACUCUUGCGGUCACGCCGGGAGAGUGCUUCGGGCUGCUCGGAGUCAACGGUGCUGGCAAGUCUACGCUCUUCGAAAUCAUCACGGGAAAGCUGGACGCAAGCGAUGGCCUCGUCCUCAUCAACGGCUUCAACGUGCUCACCCAGCGCCGCCAUGCUCAAAAGUCAAUUAGCUACUGUCCCCAGUUCGAUGCGCUUCUGGACUAUCUGACGUGCAAGGAGACGCUUCUUCUCUUCGGGCGUCUUCGUGGACUUCAGAUGGACGCAGUUCGACAGAACAUCGAGGACUUGUUGAGGUCGCUUAAGCUGACCGAGUAUGCAGACGUCGCCGUGCGUCACCUGAGCGGAGGCAAGCGCAGGCGCCUCUCACUCGCCACCGCCCUCCUCGGUUCACCUCCUCUCGUUUGUUUAGACGAACCCACAACUGGUGUUGAUCCGCUAUCAAGGCGGCGAAUCUGGAACCUGCUCACCGCCUAUCGUAGAGCCGGCGGUACCAUUGUCAUAUCGUCUCACAGCUUUCCUACAACUUCUCGUGAUAAAUUUUCUACUCGAGGCGCCGGAGGAGUGAAGCACGCGCACACAACCCCGGCGGCAAGGCGAUGUUUGAAGGGGGCAGUUGCGAUCUGCCGAUCCAUCGGUAGUGUUUUUGGCCAUUCCAGCAUGGACGAAUGCGAGGCCCUGUGCACCCGCGUUGGUGUUCUGGUCAACGGUCGGCUCAAGUGCCUCGGCGCCUGCCAGCAUCUCAAGUCGCGUUUCGGCGAGGGCUACAGCAUCUGCCUCCAGGUCACAGCUGGACGCCGCGCCAGUUCCCCGUUGCCCAACUUCGAUCCCCGCGGUGGCGAUCGCAGUUGUACCAGCUGCACCACCUCCCUUGAUGACACCGGCCUCACUGAUGCCGAUACUGACGCGGCGUUGCUCAAGACCACGCUACUCGAAGCCAAUGUGCAGCGCGUGGUGCGGUUCUUUGAGACGGAGUUCCCCUGCAUCAAGCUUCUGGACCAACACGAGAACAACUCCAUUUUACAGGGGGUUCUACAAUUCCACCUGCUGGACCCAACCGUGAGCCUGAGUCGUGUCUUCAGUCUAAUUGAGUGCUACAAAAUGGAGUUGAGUAUUGCCACGUACCACGUCAGUCAAACCAGACUGGAGCAAGUCUUCAUUAGUCUUGCUCGCCAACAGGAAGACCCGGAUCUCCCCGUCGAUGCUUCGCGUCUCAGCCAUUGUGCGCGGGUGGUUCGGAGUCUUCGCUGUUGUCGCCGGUGUUGCCAGCGUUGCAAAUGCUGUCGAAAAAAGCCCUCACAUUUGUCUGUGCCGUCAACUGGCGAAAUCGAUGCCCCUGGAGAUGAUACUUCUAUCAGUUUGCUACUUUAA